AUGAAUUACAUUUUCGGAAAUAACACACUCCUCUAUUCUCGCGCCAGUCGAGGCAACACUAGCUCAGGCCACAGCUCUGUAGGCCCGAAGCACAAGCAGUGGGCAAAGAAAGGCUCAACAGAUGAGUUACGGAGCGAGCCUUCCCGUUGGCAGCAGAUAGUUGCAUUUUUCACUCGGAGACACGGUUUCAUUGACUGCAUUUCUGUUGCUGCCAGCUCCACCCAGCCCACAGAAGCUGUUCCUUCCUCUUCUCCCAUUGUCCCUGUGAUCCCUGUCCCACCAGUCCCUGCUGAGACCACUGUCAUCCCAUCCACCAUACCACAGGCAAAUCCCCCUCCAGUGCUGGUGAAUACCGAUUCUUUGGAGACUCCAACAUAUGUCAAUGGCACAGAUGCAGAUUUUGAGUAUGAAGAAAUUACUCUUGAAAGGGGAAAUUCAGGACUUGGCUUUAGCAUUGCAGGUGGUACAGACAACCCACAUAUUGGGGAUGAUUCAAGUAUUUUCAUUACAAAAAUUAUAGCCGGGGGUGCAGCUGCACAGGAUGGAAGAUUACGGGUGAACGACUGCAUCCUGCGAGUGAACGAGGUGGACGUCCGUGACGUGACGCACAGCAAAGCCGUGGAAGCCUUGAAAGAAGCGGGAUCCAUCGUGCGGUUGUACGUCAAACGGAGGAAACCAGUCACAGAAAAAAUAGUGGAAAUCAAACUUGUCAAAGGCCCCAAAGGUCUUGGUUUCAGUAUUGCUGGUGGUGUAGGAAAUCAGCAUAUACCUGGUGACAACAGCAUCUAUGUAACCAAAAUUAUUGAAGGUGGGGCAGCACAUAAAGAUGGCAAACUUCAGAUUGGAGACAAACUUUUAGCUGUGAACAGUGUUUGCUUAGAAGAAGUUACUCAUGAAGAAGCAGUGACUGCCUUAAAAAACACAUCUGACUUUGUUUAUCUGAAAGUUGCAAAACCCACCAGCAUGUUCAUGAAUGACAGUUAUGCCCCUCCUGACAUCACAAACUCUUAUUCUCAGCCUGUGGAUAACCAUAUCACCCCAUCUGCCUACCUGGGACAGUCCCUGCCCCCAGCAUCACCAGGGCGCUAUUCACCAAUUCCAAAGGGAAUGCUUGGAGAUGAUGAGAUCACCAGGGAGCCUAGGAAGGUCGUCUUGCAUCGAGGAUCAACAGGUCUUGGUUUCAACAUUGUUGGAGGAGAAGAUGGAGAAGGAAUUUUCAUCUCCUUUAUCCUGGCAGGAGGGCCAGCUGACCUGAGUGGAGAGCUUAGAAAAGGAGAUCGUAUAAUUUCUGUAAAUGGAGUAGAUUUAAAAGCAGCAACCCAUGAACAGGCAGCAGCAGCCCUGAAGAACGCAGGCCAAGCAGUGACUAUUGUAGCUCAGUACCGUCCGGAAG